CGCCCGCCGACUCCCGACACACUACCCCUUGUGUUGCAGACCGAGCCGUACAGCACCCACACAUCGCAAUGGCCGCCAAGUUCGUCGUCCUCAUCUCGUGCCUCGCUCUCACGCAGGCGGCGCUCGUGAAGCGCGACGCGCCCUCGCCGCUCGAGGACCUGCAGAAGCACGCCGCGGAGUUCCAGAAGACGUUCCAGGAGCAGCUCAACUCGCUCGCCAACUCCAAGAACACGCAGGACUUCAACAAGGCGCUCAAGGACGGUUCCGACUCCGUGCUGCAGCAGCUGUCGGCGCUGUCCAACAGCCUGCAAGGCGCGCUGACGGAUGCGAACGGCAAGGCCAAGGAGGCGCUGGAGGCCACGCGUGCCAACCUGGAGAAGACGGCCGACGAGCUGCGCAAGGCGCACCCCGACGUCGAGAAGAAGGCCUCCGAGCUCAAGGACAAGCUGCAGGCCGCCGUGCAGAACACCGUGCAGGAAACUCAGAAGCUGGCCAAGGAGGUGCAGUCCAACGUGGAGGCCACCAACGCCAAGCUCGCGCCGCAGAUCAAGAAGGCCUACGACGACUUCGUCAAGCAGGCCGAGGAGGUGCAGAAGAAGCUGCACGAGGCCGCCACCAAGCAGUAACCGCCUCCGCCUCCGCCCUCACCCCUCACCUCUCACCCCCUUUCCUUCCCCGCACCGCACUAAACAUGUAUUGUAAUAAAGUUAGAUCUAUUACAUAA